GACCGGGCAGGCGGGCAGCUCGCCGCGGCGGCGCAGACAUGGCUGCGCUGGUGGAGCCGCUGGGGCUGGAGCGGGACGUGUCCCGGGCGGUGGAGCUCCUCGAGCGGCUCCAGCGCAGCGGGGAGCUGCCCCCGCAGAAGCUGCAGGCCCUCCAGCGAGUCCUGCAGAGCCGCUUCUGCUCCGCCAUCCGGGAGGUGUAUGAGCAGCUCUAUGAAACGCUGGACAUCACGGGCAGUGCUGAGAUCCGGGCCCACGCCACAGCCAAGGCCACGGUGGCUGCCUUCACAGCCAGUGAGGGCCACGCACAUCCCAGGGUAGUGGAGCUGCCCAAGACAGAUGAGGGCCUGGGCUUCAAUAUCAUGGGGGGCAAGGAGCAGAACUCCCCCAUCUACAUCUCCCGUGUCAUCCCUGGAGGUGUGGCUGACCGCCAUGGAGGCCUCAAGCGUGGGGACCAGCUGCUGUCAGUGAAUGGUGUGAGCGUUGAGGGUGAGCAGCACGAGAAGGCAGUGGAGCUGCUGAAGGCAGCCCAGGGCUCGGUGAAGCUGGUGGUGCGUUACACACCUCGCGUGCUGGAGGAGAUGGAGGCCCGCUUCGAGAAGAUGCGCUCUGCCCGCCGGCGCCAGCAGCACCAGAGCUACUCGUCCUUGGAGUCUCGAGGCUGAAACUACAGUAUCUGGAUCCUCACCCCGCCCCCUCCCCUGUACAGUAUUUAUUGUCACCGGCUCCUUAUUUAAAGAUCUUUGACCCUCAC